UCUCUCACAUAUAUAAACACCCAUUCACACACACACAUUCUCAAGAAACCCAACAUCAAUAACAUUUUUACAUACCCUAAACAAGAUUUUCUUGUUUCAAACUAAGUAGUUUUUUUAUUACAAUUUUCUAUGGGAAACUUUACUUCAUGCACUGUUAUACCAACAAUAAGGAAUUCAAAAGCAGCCAGAGUUAUUCUACCAGGAGGAGAAAUCAGACAAUUUCGUGAACCAAUAAAAGCAGCAGAACUCAUGUUAGAGAAUCCAAACAAUUUUUUAGUGAAUUCAAGUUCGUUAAAUAUUGGUCGUAGAUUUUCAGCUUUAUCUGCCGAUGAAGAUUUGGAGUUUGGAAAUGUUUAUAUUAUGUUUCCAAUGAAGAGAGUGAAUUCAGUUGUGACUGCUUCUGAUAUGACUGUGCUUUUAUUGGCUGCUAAUUCUGCUGCUAAGAGAAUUUCUGGUGGAAAUGUUAAGAUUACGCCGGAAGUGUCAGCGCCGGCGCCGGAGUCAACGCCGGAGAUCAACGCCGGUGGACGGAAUUCGGAUGGGGUUGAAGGGUUUCCAGUGGAGCAUGAGUUGAAGUAUAGGUUGUCAUGUAGAUCAAGGAAACCUUCGUUGGAGACUAUUUUGGAAGAACCAGUUUGUUCUAGAUGAAAAUUCUAAUAAAUUGUUUUGGACUCAGAUUUUUGGUGAAUAUUUAUUUUAACAAGAAAAGAGAUUUAGUUAGAGAUUUAAUGUGAAAAGAAAGAGAUUUAUAUAUUAUAUGUAUGCACUAAAUACUGUGGCAAGUUCAGAACUUUUAAGAAUAGAUAUCCAAGACGUGUAAUAUGGACGACAAUUUUAAUGUCUAUAUUCGCCUUAAUGUAUGAUAUUUAUAUGUGCAUGAAUAUUUAUUAAUGUGUGGUAGGGUUCAAA